UGUUCAGUGACGUUAAACUGCCGUAAAGCCUUGGAGCGUUGCAGCGUUAGUACAGUGUUGCGCUUCAGCGGCUUAGUUAGCUAAAUAAUAAGUACAUAGACUGUGAUUCCCAUUUUGUCAGCUGUUUCUUUACCAGCCGUCAUCGACACACGUGCCGCCUGCUAGCUAGCUAUGAAGAUGAGGAAGCGACCAAACAUACUGCUCACAGGAACCCCUGGUGUUGGAAAGACCACACUGGGAAAGGAGCUCGCCCAACGCACAGGACUGACCUAUGUCAACGUCGGCGAGUUGGCCCAGGAAGGACAGCUCUAUGAGGGCUAUGAUGAGGAGUACCAGUGCCCCAUUUUGGAUGAAGACAGAGUGGUAGACGAGCUUGACGAGAAAAUGAUAGAAGGCGGAGUGAUUGUUGACUAUCACAGCUGUGACCUGUUUCCUGAACGAUGGUUCCACAUUGUGUUUGUCCUCCGCACAGAUAACACUCAGCUGUACACACGCCUGGAGGGCAGAGGAUACACAGGGAAGAAGCUGCAGGACAAUGUGCAGUGUGAGAUCUUCCAGACCAUCUAUGAGGAGGCCAUGGAGGCCUACAGUGAGGAGAUCGUCCAUCAACUACCCAGCAACAGCCCUGAGGACCUGGAGAGCAACUUAGAGCAGAUAGUUCAGUGGACUGAACAAUGGAUGAAGGACCAUAAUUAGUGGCUGAACUCCACCUGCUUGGUUGUCCUGGUGCAAAUCGCUAUAGUUGAAACUGCUAGAACAUCUACAUUGUCUCCCAAGACAAGAAGUUCACACUUUUUUUCAGUGGCCCAGGUUAUGGUGGUUACUGUCAGAAAGUCCAAGUUUGGGGCAGAGGAAGUAUGUUCUUAAAACACAAAGGCAGAUGUUGGGAGAGCUUGAUUAUUCAUUGCAAGGUCAUGUCAGAGUUUUAUUUAAACUCAUUCAGAUUAUGGUAUUUUUGAUAAAAAAACAAGGAUCACAGAAUAAUAGUAUAUCAAGCAUGUCAUAGUGUUCACUGGCAUCUAAGUUAAAAUAUUACAUCUCACUGAAAACAGACAUUUGUCAAAUUGUAAUAAAGAACUGUUCUGAUUGUUA